ACGACGUGCAUCAAUCUCCAGCUGGUGCUUGAUAUGAUGUUGCCUUCAGCCCUAAUGAAGUACCCAAGCCGAGACCAGCGGCAUCUUUCGCAGCUUUAAUCCUUUGUAUGCGCACGGACGACCCGAAAGUCUGGGGCAUCUGAGGUGCAACUCUAAGGCUUUCAAACAAGUCCUUUCAAGCUUUGCAAUGCUUCCCAACCAAUUUGCCUUCGCCAAUCUACCCCUUGCUGUCUUCAUAAGUUAUCUAAAGAUAAUGCAUGUAUCGAAUUAUUUUGCUACAGGAUCGCUGGUGACGCCAUGACGCGCAAACUGCCGUGGAAGCGAGAUGGUGCUUUCGUCGCGUCCCCAUCAACCUCGAGCUCUGCCCGGCUGAGUCUGACACCCGCCGCGAACCGACGACCAAAGGACGAAGUCAAGUCUGGGCGAGAGAGUAAAGAAUCCCUAUCGUCAGCUGCUGCGAUCAAGAAGCCGUUCAGAAGAUCUCUUCAUCGCUCCGCAUCCACAUCCCCGCCACCAGAACCCCUACAAGAGAGUUUCAUGAUUGAAGGUUUCGACGAAGAUGAUCAGUAUCGCAUGGUUGAAGAUGAGUUCUUCGCAACGGCUCAGAGAUUCACGGCGCACUUGCAUGCUGCCGAGUAUCAGAGGCUCAAAGAGGCUGCUAAGUCUAGUAAUGCCGCCACCAUCAGAGACAUAUUGCGGCCUGUCACCAUGGGAAUGACCGACCUCGUCCGACGAAAGCAAGAGCGGAAAUCGCUCCUGGAAAAGCAGAGAAAAGCCACGAGAGAGGCCAAGCGGAAAGCUCACGACAGCAGUGAUGAAGGGAACAGCCGCCUCCACAGUACUGCCUUGUUUGGAUUGAUGGAAAGCCCGCGCAAGCAAGCAACGCGCCUGCUUGACGAUAUCACGGCGAUAUCUACCACGACACGCGCCGCAGCUGGCUUUGGUAGGCCAGCCUCUCGUAGUCGAAGUUCACAAGCGCAGUAUCGAUCAGUCUUAGAUGCCCGCUCCACCAGCGGUCCAGCCAAGACCGCGCACAAAUACCACAUCUUUGAUGUAGAUGAUGACGAUGACGACAUGGAUGCAUCGGUACGAAGAACCAUCUCAACUACACCACGCACGACAAGGCCACCAGUCUCAGUCCCUCGAUCGACUGAGCUCCCAGCUCCUGUAGCGACUUCAUCUGCGACACGGCCGGUCGCUGUCAAAGCAUGGACCAAGCUCCCAGCUCCCCUACCGACUACCUCUCCAGCAAAGCCUGCGGAAACCGCCGUCACUUUUCAGGAACCAGAGCCAUCUGACGACUCGGAUGGAGACAUAUUCAAUGUUAAAAACAGAGUGCUACAGCGUAGAGCCCGCGAGCGGCGGGCAAAAUUCACCAGCAAGACCAGCACAACAACGCCAGCGAAUGAUUUCAUCCCUGGAUUUUGACUAUGCAUACAUUUGAUUAUAUCAUCAGAAUGCCGUCUCAUACGGUCGCUCAGCCUGUGGUGUGAUUCGGGCCAAAUGUCUCCGUCCCCCGUCCUUCCAGUCGACCAGCGCUGAAUGCUGGGUAACCCGAUUAUCCCAAACAACAACUGUCCC